AUGGACCACUAUACUCAAUCAGCCACAAGGCCUUACACCUCUCAGCCCACCCCGGUUGCUUCGCAAACAAGACUGGAUGUCACUCAUCCAGAGCAGCAACUGCCUUCCAUCCGUGAUGUCAUUCCACCACCGCGCUCAAACUUGAUUGAAACAAGCAUGCAUGAGACUUCUUCAACUACACGACCAAUCAUGGUGCCAUACUUGAGCUCUCAGCACACGACCAGUAUGAACGUCUCGUCCAUACCAGCUCCUGUGCAACCUCAGUCCAGUCCCAUGGGGUAUCCAACGGACGCGACAAAUCAAAUGCAGAUGAGCGCUCUUGCUACUACUGGUCAUUUGCAUACACCCGCGAGAACACCCGCGGAAUAUAGCUCUCCUUGGUCAACAUCAUCCUCCUAUACAGAUGCUGGAAUGUCUAUGAGUGCACAGCCGUCUCUGCCUUCACAGCCACAGCAAUUCGGCCUGACUCAGGCGAUUCUUCCAUCAGAUUCUCAAGACAGCGUCUUCUCUUCUUCAUACUCGAUGAACAGGCAGGCUGAAAGCCCAGUGAGCGAUUCAUAUCCCAGGUGGCGAACACCCCAGCUCAGUUCUACCCCAAGAUAUAACCCAUACGUGAUGUCGGAGAGAUCCUACACCCAAGCACUUGACUAUGGUCGCUAUGGCCAGGCGUACGAUCAAUAUCGAAGCCCAGUCGCGUAUGAUGGCGGUUACAGAUCGAUGGAUGUAUCUCCAUCAUAUAUGAAGUACAACCAAUUAAUGUCAUACCCAAUGAUGGGAUAUCCGCCCCAUGCAAACGGCCGACGACGAAGAGGCAACUUGCCAAAACAAAUCACUGAUGUCCUUAGAAUCUGGCUUCAAGAGCAUCUUGAUCACCCCUAUCCAAGUGACGAGCAAAAACAGAUUUUCAUCCAGCGCACUGGGUUGACCAUAAGUCAGAUUAGUAAUUGGUUCAUAAACGCUCGCCGUCGGCAGCUCCCAGCAAUGAAACUUAAAAGAGCAAAGGCACUUCAAAGCCGAUCAUGA